AUGGUUAAUUUCACUGUUGAGCAAAUGCGUGCUCUUAUGGACAAGGUCACCAAUGUUCGUAACAUGUCCGUUAUUGCCCAUGUUGAUCAUGGUAAAUCCACUUUGACUGAUUCUUUGGUUCAAAGAGCUGGUAUUAUUUCUGCUGCUAAAGCUGGUGAAGCUCGUUUUACCGAUACCAGAAAGGAUGAACAAGAAAGAGGUAUUACUAUCAAAUCCACUGCCAUCUCAUUAUAUUCUGAAAUGACUGAUGAAGAUUGUAAAGAAAUUAAACAAAAGACUGACGGUAAUAAGUUUUUAAUUAAUUUGAUUGAUUCCCCAGGUCACGUUGAUUUCUCCUCCGAAGUCACUGCUGCUUUACGUGUUACUGAUGGUGCUUUAGUUGUUGUUGAUUGUAUUGAAGGUGUCUGUGUCCAAACUGAAACCGUUUUGCGUCAAUCUUUAGGUGAAAGAAUUAAACCAGUUGUUAUUAUUAACAAAGUUGACCGUGCCUUAUUAGAAUUGCAAGUUACCAAAGAAGAUUUAUAUCAAUCUUUUUCCAGAACCAUUGAAUCUGUUAAUGUUAUUAUUUCUACUUAUGUUGAUGAAGCCUUGGGUGAUGUUCAAGUUUACCCAGAAAACGGUACUGUUGCCUUUGGUUCUGGUUUACAUGGAUGGGCCUUUACUAUUCGUCAAUUUGCUUCCAGAUAUGGUAAAAAAUUCGGUGUUGACAAGAGCAAAAUGAUGAAACGUCUUUGGGGUGAUUCUUAUUUUAACCCAAAGACCAAGAAAUGGACUUCUAAGGACAAAGAUGCCAAGGGUAGAUCAUUAGAAAGAGCCUUUAACAUAUUUGUUUUGGAUCCAAUUUUCAGAUUAUUUUCUGCCAUUAUGAAUUUUAAAAAGGACGAAAUUCCAGUUUUAUUAACCAAAUUAGAUAUUCAAUUGAAGGGUGAUGAAAAAGAUUUAGAAGGUAAAGCCUUAUUAAAAGUUGUUAUGAGAAAAUUCUUGCCAGCUGCCGAUGCUCUAUUAGAAAUGAUUGUUUUACAUUUACCAUCCCCAGUUACUGCUCAAUUCUACAGAGCCGACACUCUUUAUGAAGGUCCAUCCACUGACGAUGCUUGUGUUGCUAUUAAAAACUGUGAUCCAAAAGCCGAUCUUAUGUUGUAUGUCUCCAAGAUGGUGCCAACAUCUGAUAAAGGUAGAUUUUAUGCCUUUGGUAGAGUCUUUGCCGGUACCGUUAAAUCUGGACAAAAAGUCAGAAUCCAAGGACCAAACUAUGUUGUUGGUAAGAAAGAUGAUUUGUUCAUCAAGGCUAUUCAAAGAACCGUUUUAAUGAUGGGAAGAUUUGUGGAACCAAUUGAUGAUGUUCCAGCCGGUAACAUUGUUGGUUUAGUUGGUAUUGAUCAAUUUUUGUUGAAAUCAGGUACCUUGACCACCUCUGAAACAGCCGCCAACUUGAAGGUUAUGAAAUUCUCAGUUUCACCAGUUGUGCAAGUCGCUGUUGAAGUUAAGAAUGCUUCGGAUUUACCAAAAUUAGUUGAAGGUUUAAAGAGAUUAUCCAAGUCCGAUCCAUGUGUUUUGACCUUUAUUUCAGAUUCUGGUGAACAUGUUGUUGCCGGUACUGGUGAAUUGCAUUUGGAAAUUUGUUUAUCCGAUUUGGAAAACGAUCACGCCGGUGUUCCAUUAAAGAAAUCUCCACCAGUUGUUACAUACAAAGAAACAGUUACUGCUGAAUCGUCAAUGGUUGCUUUAUCUAAAUCACCAAACAAACAUAACAGAUUAUACUUAAAGGCUACUCCAAUGACUGAAGAAACCGCAUUGGCCAUUGAAGAAGGUAAGAUUUCACCAAAGGAUGAUUUCAAGAAGAGAGCCAGAAUAAUGGCAGAUGAUUACGGAUGGGACGUCACCGACGCCAGAAAGAUCUGGUGUUUUGGACCUGAAGGUAAUGGACCAAACACAGUUGUUGAUCAAACCAAGGCUGUUCAAUACUUGCACGAAAUUAAAGAUUCAGUUGUUGCUGGUUUUGCCUGGGCUAGUAAAGAAGGACCAGUUAUGGAUGAAAACAUGAGAGCAGUCAGAAUCAACAUUUUGGAUGUUACGUUGCAUGCUGAUGCUAUCCACAGAGGCGGUGGUCAAAUUAUCCCAACCAUGAGAAGAGCCACAUACGCUGCUUUCUUGUUGGCUGAACCAAGAAUCCAAGAACCAGUCUUUUUAGUUGAAAUCCAAUGUCCAGAAAACGCUAUUGGUGGUAUUUACUCGGUUCUUAACAAAAAGAGAGGUCAAGUUGUUUCUGAAGAACAAAGACCAGGUACUCCAUUGUUCACUGUCAAGGCCUACUUGCCAGUCAGUGAAUCGUUUGGUUUCACUGCUGAUUUACGUCAAGCUACUGCAGGUCAAGCUUUCCCACAAAUGGUGUUUGACCACUGGACCACCCUCAACGACGAUCCAACUGACCCAACUACCAAAGCUGGUGUUAUUGCUCAGAAUACCAGAAAAAGACGUGGUCUUAAGACAGAAGUCCCAGGAUAUGAAAACUACUACGAUAAAUUAUAA